UUUCGAGUUUUUUUAGCCUUAUAAGAGUGCAUGGCCUUCCCAAGGUUAUGGGUGUUCUUACACAUCUUGACCAAUUGGAAGGUGAAAUGGAACUGAUGGAAACCAUAGAGCGUCUACAGGAUGAUUGCUGGACUGAAAUAUGUGAAGCAGCAACAAUAUCCUACUUCUAUGGUCCUGAUGAUUAUGAAUUGUACAAAAUGUUGGAAGUACAAGAACUUGAACAAGCCAUAUCAAUGCUCCGAUUCCGUACCCCGUCAUGGCGAGCCAAACAUCCUUAUGUGCUGGUAGAUCAUUUUGAAGAUGUUACUCCUCCAGAAAAACUGCUCAAGGAUGCAAAUUGCAACAGAAACAUAAGUCUGUAUAGUUAUCUUCGAGGUUGUAAUAUUAAGAGCGGAGCCAUGGUGCAUCUUGCUGGUGUUGGUGAUUUUCGUUUAGAUGGUGUUAGAAGCACAGCUGAUCCUUUCCCUUUAUCUUCUGAGAUGGAAAUAGAAAUUGAUCAUGUUGAGCUAACUCCCAUGGAGAAUGAGAGUUUCAGAACAGGGUCCUAUCUAAGGUUGGAGGUUCAUGACGUCCCUUUUGGGAUGGUCAAAAUUUUUGAUCCUUGUCAUCCUAUUCUCGUUGGGGUAUCAGUCGUGAAGAGAAAAAUGUUGGUUAUAUGCAGGCUAGACUUAAGCGACAUGACUGGCAUAUGAAACUGUUGAAGGCAGGAGACCCGAUCACUGUCUCAGCUGGUUGGAGACGUUAUCAGACAAUACCUAUCUAUGCCAGUGAAUUGGACAGUAAACAGUAUGAAAUUGCAAAGUACACUCCCCAAUAUGAGCACUGUCUUGCGAUGUUCUGGGGACCCCCUGCACCUCCCUACACCAGAAUUGCUGUUGCGCAGGGUAACAAGGAAGAGUUUCGGAUAACAGCAACAGCUAUCGUUCUUGACCCUAAGCAUCCCACAAAGAUAGUGAAGGAAAGCAAGUGGAUAGGGAAACCUCAUAAAAUCCUCAAGAGGAGGGCUGCUCUUAUAAAAUUUACACCAGAUACUGAUGUCGCUAAAUUUAUAGGUGAAACUAUUCGGACUGGGACUCAUAUUUGGGGGAAAAUUACUGAGGCGACAAAAAGAGAGGGGAUUGCUAGAUGCACAUUUAGCAGCAGAAUUGAUAUGAGAGAUACUGUUUUUAUGCGUGUGAUUCGUCAAGUUGAAGCUCCUCCUCGCUUCCUCUACCCAUUGGCUGCGGUAGAACCACAUGACAAUCUUGUUCCUGUUAACAAGGAUUCACUCAAAAAGGAGGACCCUGCUCACAGGCAGCUUCGACUUGAACAACGACGUGGUGUGAAGUUCCCUGAUGAGGAUCCUUGCUCCUAUUCAUUUUUGAAGUAUUUAAUGUUACAGUAUAUGACUGAAAAUGUGCGAAGGGAUCCUGUAGUGGUGAUGUCUGAGGAAAAACGAGGAGCAUUAACUAUGAAAAGAAAGAGAGAGGAGCACGAGAAACAAAGAAAGAAGAUUGGACAAAUGGUUACAUUUUAACUUUUGAUGGCCCCGGAUUAAAAAAAAAGUGAGUGUAACAAAUCUAACAAGCUCUUACUGAAGUGAAUACUUUACCCUAUAACUUUUAACCGUUCAUCCUAUGAACUUGCUCAGGUGUGUUAUUAUCUCAUUUUGCAGUACUGAGUUCUUAGAAAAUGCCAUUUCUUGAAAGGUCUGUAAAAUAUCUAGUGUAGCAAGAGUUUGGUACCUAGAGCGGAAGUGCUCUAUUUGUCGGAGGCAUUUAGUGUGUUACUGCAUUACUGGUAUGGAAAUGUAACCGAGUGCGAUUUGCCUUCAUUCUGUUUGUCUUGUUCUCUUCUUUGCUAAAGCUGGGCCCAGACUAGGAUAAAUCAUGCAAAAUAUUACUGAACUUAACUUAUAUGACAUUUAAGUAUUUAAUUUAUCUGAUUAAGAAAUUAAUUUCUUCAAGGAUCCA